AUGCCGGAUAUGGAUAUGGAAUCGGUGAAGUCCAACACUUACAAACAGAUCCAUCAGAGGGCGGAAUACGAUCCGGAUGAUCUGUGGAUGGCUGAACCGAGACGAACUCAAGUUGCCGCGACCAGUGUGACUACUGAAACCAGUAUCUUCACUCAGAAGAUCAUAGUCUCAGCGAUCUCGGAGCUCAAGGAGUCCUUGGAAAAGGAUUGGGAAGAAGAUCGGGUGCGAAUUUGGAUGAGCAAAGUGAAAUCAGCGUUCCUCCGAGACCAAGCGUCGGAAGAAGAGAAAUUUUUAGUCUUCGGCGAUUUAGUGGUGGGCCCAGUCUGCUACUGGUAUCGCCAGCUGAGCAGAUCGAAGAGAUUCAAGUGGAAGGAUCUGAUGAACAGCUUUCUUGUGGAAUAUACGGGGCAUGGGAUGUCAGCGAGCCGGCAAUAUUACCACGCAAAGAAGCGAUCGGAGGAGGACCCCUUGGAAUACUUGUAUCGGCUCAAUGUGAUGGGAACGCAGGCUAAUAUAUCGGUGAUGACGGGAUUGCCAGAUGCACGCAAGGAACAUGUUAACCAUUUAAUUGACACCUUGGAUGACCCCAAUCUGUCCAAUCAACUACUAUUGCUGAAUGUGGAAGACACGGAGGUCGUGCACACGAUCAUGCAUGGAUACCAGCGAGGGAGAUCGCGCCAGCGGAAAGUGAUGAUGGAAUCGUCCAAAUUCAGACAGAAGGGAGAGCCUGCUUCAGUGCCGUCUAAGCCCGCACGGGCGGUAAGGAUGAUCUGCACCGAGGACGUCAGCAGCGAGUCAGGAUUGGACACCUAUGGAUCGGAAUCAGAAGAUCGUUUGAGAUCGAUUCAUGUGGCCUCUACUACAGAUCGGCUCAAACCGACCCGCGAUACUUCAGCGAACACGGGAUCGGAAGACCCGACUACUCGUCAAGACUACCAAGGUCGCAGUGUGUCACAAAAACCGCGUACUCGUUGA